AUGAGGAUUAAAGAAAUAGAUCGAACAGCUAAUAUAGCAUGGUCACCAGUUGAUCAGUAUCCUAUAUAUUUGGCUACAGGAACAGCUGCUCAACAAUUAGAUGCAACAUUUAGCACAUCUUCAUCAGUAGAAUGCUACAGUUUAAAUUUAGCAGAGGCAACACUUGACAUGCCUUUAGUGGCAUCAAAGCAAACUGAAUGCAGAUUUCAUAAAGUUCUAUGGGGUUCAUUAGGCAUAGGAACAUCAGAUUUUCCUGCUGGUGUUAUUGUUACUGGUGGGGAUAAUGGUGACAUACAAGUGUUUAAUGCUGAUUCUUUGAUAAAACAAGAUGAGGACUGUUUGAUAAAUAAACUGUCACACCAUAAUGGAGCUGUACGCGCUCUGGAUCUCAACCCAUUUCAGAAAAAUUUACUAGCAUCUGGUGGAGGAGAUUCAGAAAUCUAUAUCUGGGAUUUAAAUAAAACUGAGAAACCCAUGACUCCUGGUCAAAAAUCACAGCCACCAGAAGAUGUACAGUGUGUAGCCUGGAAUCAACAAGUUCAACACAUUCUAGGUUCUACAUUAACUAAUAGGUGUGUGGUGUGGGAUUUACGUAAAAAUGAACCUAUUAUUAAAGUCAGUGAUAGUAUGUCUAGGAUAAAAUGUAAACAUGUAGUAUGGCAUCCUGAAGUAGCUACCCAACUAAUGUUAUCAUCAGAAGAUGACCAUACUCCUGUCAUACAGCUCUGGGAUCUACGUUAUGCUACUUCACCUCUUAAAGUUUUAGAAAAUCAUCAAAGAGGUGUAUUAUCUAUGGCAUGGUGUCCUCAAGAUCCAGAUUUGUUAUUAUCCUGUGGUAAAGAUAAUAGAAUAUUGUGCUGGAAUCCAAAUAGCAAUAUACAAGGUGGAGAGGUAAUAUAUGAAAUACCAACCAGUAAUCAAUGGUGUUUUGAUGUACAAUGGUGUCCAAGGAAUCCAUCAUUAAUCUCAGGCUCCACUUUUGAUGGACAUAUAACAAUUUAUAGUUUAAUGGGUGGCGGACAUCCAAUUCAACCUAGUAAUAAGGUUGCUGAAUCUUUUAAUACAGUAGAACCAUUUGGACAAGCACCAAUUCCUGUACCACAAGAGCAAGAAAAAGUCAUGCCAUUACAAAAACCACCGAAAUGGUUGAGAAAACCUGUAGGAGCUUCUUUUGCUUUUGGAGGUAAAUUAGUUAGUUUUGGACAUAUGAAGAGUACUAAUCCACAACAACCAGUACCAAAACAAGUUUAUAUCAGUCAAGUUAUAACUGAGACAGAAAUUGUCAAUAGAUCUAGUCAGCUAGAACAAGCCAUUAAUAAUAACCAAUUCCUAGAGUUUUGUGCUAUGAAAGCCUCCAACUGUAAUGACAAUAUGGAAGAAAGUAUCUGGAACUUUUUGAAGGUUAAUUUUGAAAAGGAUCCAAGAAAAGAGUUCUUACACUUACUGGGCUAUGAUGAGACUGGUCUGGCUGAAAAGAAAUAUACAGCAGAAUCAAAUAUUAGUGAAGGUGUAGAUGCUUCAGAACUAGCACAGAAAAUGUCUCAGUUAGGAACAGGGGUGAGUGCUGAUGGAUUAAUGACACAAGCUUUAUUAACUGGUAAUUUUGAAGCUGCAGUUGAUAUGUGUUUGAGUCAAAACAAAAUGGCUGAAGCUAUUUUAUUAGCUAUUGCUGGAGGACAAGAAUUGCUUAGUAAAACACAAAAAAUAUACUUCCAGAGAAAUAAGAGCCAUUUGGGCAGGCUUAUAUCAUCUAUUGUAACUCAUGAUUGGCCACAUAUUAUCAACAAUUGUGAGCUAGAUAAUUGGAAAGAGGCUUUAGCUGUUAUUUUAACUUAUUCUAAACCAGAAGAAUUUUCACCAUUAUGUGAUGCAUUGGCUAGUCGUCUAGAAAGUGAAAAUAAUGGUCAACUGUCUUUGUAUGCCAGCUUAUGUUAUAUAUGUUCGGGUAAUAUUGAGAGGCUAGUUGAAAAUUGGAUGAGAAAUACAGAAAAUAAUAAUGCUCCCAUGGCAUUACAGGAUCUAGUAGAGAAAGUAAUGAUAUUACGUAAAGCUGUGUAUUUAACUAGAGGUAGUAUAUCAGAAAUAUCAACUGGACCAUUAGCUGAUAGAUUAAACCAAUAUGCUGGCUUGUUGGCAGCUCAGGGAAAUCUCUUUACAGCUCUAUCUUACCUUAGAAAUGCUAAUGAGCCUAGUUUAGCAGUAUUAUUAGAUAGAUUGUAUCAAGCCAUUGGUCAGCCUAUUCAAGGUAUGACACAGCCCCAGUUUCCAUUUCAACGUGUUAACUUACUGCCAGUUGGUGUUAGACAACCUCAGCAACAGCAGCAGGAGCAACAACAGAUUAGACAACGUCAACAAAUGAGAGGAAGCCAUCAAGCUCAGUCUAAGAUAGGAGUUGGAUACAAUCAACCACCCAAUAUGUCAGGACCUAUUAUACCAUCUUAUCAGGAAUCGAAAACAGAAAGUGCUUGGAAUGAUCCUCCUUUACAAAUGAAGAGAAAAUUAGAAGAUGUAUGUAGAAAAUUAGAAAUAUUAUAUGAUAAACUUAGAGAGGAUACUCUGUCACAGAAUGUACUAAUGGGUUUACAUCAAAUAGUUCAAUAUAUACAACAAUUUGAUUAUAAUACAUGUUUGUCUAUACAAACACAGAUGAUCAGUCAAGGUAAUUUCAGUGAAAUAAGUGCCUUUAUGCCUGGUGUUAAAGUCUUACUACAAACAGCCUCUCAAUUACAAGUUUAUCUACAAUAG